CGUUGGCAUAGUUUUUAAAAGCCGUACUUCACAUGUAUAAUUUGUUGAAUUAUUUUUUAAUGAUUUCUAUUCUCUGGUGUUGAACAUUACCGAAAUUACAGAUUCUGAAAUAUUUUUUACAAUGACUGAAAUUGUACAGGAGUCGCCACAACUAUCAAAUUCUAGGGAAUCCAACGUCGCAUUUCCAGGUAUCUCUGGGGCAUCGAACCCAAUACAAACUUCCGGAGCAGCUGAAUUGGUGAUUAAUGUCCAAGAAGCAACGGCAAAUUACAAUAAUGACCCUCAUGGUUCUCAAUUGCGAAUGUUUGGUCAUCAGACAUCAAUGGUGGAAAGAGAAAUCGACAAGAUCUUCACUUGGCAAAGCAAAAGAUUGAGUUUCAUAGAUCCGACUAGUCGUCAGUCUGAAGCAUCCGCUCAUAGCGUAAGACAGGCGACAUCAGCUGCAAGCAAAUAUCCAAGAUUUCUCAUAAAAAUAAAUGAUAUCAUCCAAAAUAUAAAAGAAUCCAAAUAUUACUUGCUAAUGAAAUACAUUUUGCUUGCCCUGCCAAUUUCCGCUUGUUACAUGGGUGCGAGAUACGAUUGUCCUAUAAGUGAAGUGACGCCAAGUAUGCUCCAGUUAAUAGGAGUUUUCACCAUAUUUCUGAUUCUUUUUCGUAUUGCAACUACCUUCACAAGACAACUCUCCAGAUCAAUUAUUACGAUGAUGGAAUAUGCUAGUCUAGGACUUAGCUGGAGUUUAGGUCUUGCACUGUGCAUUGAAAUGAUUCCCUUUUACAAUUUAAGUCCUGAUUUCGAAAACACUCUCUCUCGUAAUUACUGCCACAAGACCUUUUACUAUUACACGUUCUACAUGAAUAUCGUAGCUGUGGUGAUUGGAUGCGUGGCGCUGCUGUUGCAUACGCCUUGCUUUAAAGAAACGACUGAAAUCGCUUAUAUCCGGAUGGGUUAGUUUACUCAUCUUGGAUAUCCAUUCUGUUUUAACAUACUUUUUUA